AUGUCAAAGGUACCGGGUAUUAAACAUAUGAGAUCUAUAAAGGCAUUAGUGUUCGAUAUGGAUGGGACAUUGUGUUUACCACAGCCAUGGAUGUUUCCUGCAAUGAGAAAAGCGAUUGGUCUCGAGGAAAAGUCCAUCGAUAUUUUGAAAUUUAUUGAUGAUAUGCCAACAGAGGUUCAAAGGGUGAAGGCUCGUGAGGGGAUUCAUGACGUAGAAGAACAAGCUAUGAUGGAAAUGGAACCACAGCCAGGGUUGGUAGAACUGAUGGGUUAUUUAACGACACAUGCAUACAGUAAGAGUAUAUGCACUAGAAAUGUGAUUACGCCGGUGAAUUAUUUUGUGUCUAAAUUUAUACCUGUGGGGUUUAAUUUAUUCGAUUAUAUUAUGACAAGAGAUUUUAGACCGACUAAACCAUUUCCUGAUCCAUUGCUUUAUAUUUCUAAAGAAUUGAGUAUUGAUGCAUCUGAAAUGAUGAUGAUUGGUGAUUCAAUGGAUGAUAUGAGGAGUGGUAGAAGUGCUGGAUGUGUUACAGUACUAUUGAAAAACCAUGUGAAUGGGCAUAUAAUGACAGAUCAUAAAGAAUUUGUAGAUUAUCCUAUCGAUAAUUUAUCUGAAAUUAUUGAUAUUUUAGAAAAAAUAAAUAGAGAAUCAAAAAAAUAA